AAGGUGUGUGGCUGGCGGUCGCGUUGUGGGCCGUGGCACAUACACCAACCUUGCAUACACUCCGUCCAAAAUAGAGGAGGCACUGGUCCAACUAUGCACGCUGGAGUUACAUAAGUGGUGAACGUAACCCCUAAAAAAUAGCGUAACCAGUACACCUUUCAACUACAGAUGUUCAGAGCGUGGCUGUCUUUUCGUGAUCUCUCGACGAAAGCUAGUUUCCCCAGCCGUCCGAAGCGCCUGUCUGGUUAUAACUUAUUUGUGAAGACAAUCUGGCCUUCGUUGCAACAAGAAAACCCAGGAAAUGAUUUCCAAAAAGUGGCCUUCAUUGCUGCCAAAAAAUGGAAGGCGGUGGAUGAGCAUACAAAACAGGCAAGGAUAGCAUCUACGCUGUAUUCCAACAAAGCAAGGGAUAUCAUGGUACAACAAGAGAAGCAGUAUAACGAAUAUCUGUCCAGCUUGAAUAUUGAAGAGAUUAUGGCCACUGGUCAAAAAGCAAAACAUCUGUACCCGAGGAGAAAGAGUCGUCGUCUGGAGGCAAAGGUACGACAGCUAAAGAAGCCAGGACCUCCUCGAUCAGCAUAUGCUUUUUUCUGCAUUGAAGCCAGACAGCCUAACCAAAAAAUUACUGAAGAGGCAAAAGUUCUAGCAGAAAAAUGGAAAGCUCUGUCCGAAUCAGAGAAGCAGGUCUACCAGCAAAGAGCUGAAGAGGACAAAAGGCGCUACAAUGAUGAAAUGAUUGACUGGGAAAUGUGUAUGCAGCAGACUGGAAACUCGGAAAUUCUUCAGGAAUAUUUUCAAGAAAGGAGUACGGUCGUUAAUGUAAAAAAGCACCUGGUGAAGAGACUAACAGAAUGUGAAGAAAGCUUAGGAGGAUGAGAAGUGUUGGCAGGAAUAUCUGCUGAAUGUAUAUAAAUGGUAACAAGGAAAAGCAUUAAAAUAGUUGCUGCUUUA